CAAAUUUUCAGCGCUUUGCAAAUCAGUAAUUCAUAUCGACAUCCCGCACCUCAAUCGCAGACAGCUUUGUGCAGUAUUUGUGCAGUAAUCAGAGAGCAAGAAGCAUCACGAGGUACAAAGGUUACCAGACAACCCAGUCGCCGCCAAGUAUCACAAGAGGGGAAACCAACCGAAGACACAAUGUCGACAACCACAACACAAAAACCGCCCAAACUGCCCGUUACAGUCGACAAGCCCACGCCAUACACCUUCGACCUAGGCCUGCUCCUAGCUAACGAUCCCAACCCAGUCGCACUACCAAAAUCCAGCGACCCGUCCGCUCUCGAAUCACACCUCGCCUCCGUCGCCCGGGACGGCGCGCAGGUGCUCAUCAACCAACUCCUCACCACCUUACCCAUCUCCUCAACACCCCAGGGGGUUCUCCUGACCUUACCACCCGUACAAACCCCACUUCCGCGGGAGAAGCCCGUACCCACACCCAAACCGGAAACAAAAUGGUCCGCCUUCGCCAAGCGUCGCGGCAUCAAGCCCAAGACGCGCGAGCAGCGGCGCAACCUGCAGUACAACGAGGCCACGGGCGAGUGGGAGCGCAAGUGGGGGUACAAGGGCGCCAACAAGGCCGGGCAGGACGACGCCAUCAUUGAGGUGAGCGCCAAGAAGGAGGCCGAGAGGAAGGAAGGGACCAGUGUGCGGGGGGACAAGCGAAGGGAGAUACGGGAGAGGGUGAAGCGGAAUGAACGGAGGAUGCGGAGGAAUUUGAGGAAUGCUGAGGGAAGGAAGUGAGGUUUUCUCCUUGUGGGUCUUUCGUGCUGAGAUGGAGGAUCAAUUGUCGUUUCUGUUCUUCUCCGGAUGUAUCAUUGCAUCAACAACGGCGUUUGUGUUCAGGGUUAAUUAUGGCUUCUGUACCCGGCGUUCAGGAGGCAGGUGUGAUAGGGUAGAAUCCAAAUCCGUGGUGUGUCUUUGAGCAAAUUCAUAAGAAGCUCCUGCGCUUAUGAGCAGUUGGUUCCCUCACCUUGGCAGGAGAAGAUGUCUCAUGGGAGCACGGGCAGAAAACUUGAGGUGCCGUCGGAACACCCACCCAUCUCAUGUG